AUGUUACAUUUCACAAACAAAUAUUUUUUUUUAUAUUGUAUAAUAAGUUUAACCUUAUCAGCUUCAAUUACUUAUUGUGUUAAAAAAAAUGAUCCUAUUGCAAAAUUUUUAUAUACAAAUGAAAAAAUUUGUGGUGAUCUUUUUGCUGACCCUAAUUGGCUUCCUGCUCAAUCUAAUUGUAGAAUUAAAUGUAACAAUAUUAAAGAAGUCUGUAUGGCUGGUGUUAAUAUAAAUGACAAAAUUUUCACAUGUAAUAUAUUACCAAUAAAAUGUUCAGAAGAAUUACAGCUACAUUUAAUUAAAAAUGGUUAUUCAUUAGAAGAAUUUCAAAUUAAUGAACCAGAAGGUCCACCAGUAACAAAAAAAUUUAAUGAUAUUAUGUCAAAUAGUUAUAGAUCACCACCAUCACUUGAACCUCAUCCACCAUCAAUGGCUCCAGAUAAUACUAUUUAUGAAAAUAAAAAUUUAUUAUCAAUAAAAGAUGAAGAAUUUAUUGUUGACACUCCACCUACAACAACACCAUAUAUAGAUCAAGCAAAAAAUUAUGAAGAAGAUGUUACUUUUAAUGUUGAUGAACCAUUUGUUGCAACAAAAAAUGUUUAUGAAAAUCAAUUUUUAGGAUCAACACCAUCAUCAUAUUAUCGUCCUGUUGUCGUUCCAACACAUUCAAAUUACAUUACUACUACAACAGAAGCACCAAUACAAAUAUCAAAUGAAAUAAUUGAUAAUUAUGGAAUAACUCAACCAUCUAUGCCAUCAAUAAAUGUACAACCAUUAAUGCCAUCAUUAGAAGUUCAACGACCAAUUUCUUCAAUAAAUAUACAACACUUAAUGCCUUCAAUUGAGAUUCAACCAUCAAUUUCUUCAGUAAAUGUUCAAUCUGUAUUACCUUCAAUGAAUAUUCAACCAUCACAAAUUAUUUUUCCACAUCCUGUAGAUUAUAAUACAAAACCAGAAUCAGCUUCAUUUAUUAUACCAACACCUCUUUUUACAUAUAAUUUACAUAAUCAUGAAAAUAAUUUACCUGGUUAUGAGCCAACAAAAGAAUCAAUACAAUAUAAUAAAGUAACAAAUUAUAAAAGUAAAAAUCGUCUCCAACAUGUACCAACAUUACCAUCAAAAUAUGGUUAUUAUUUUGAUGGUUAUAAUUAUAAAAAAACUACAUGGAAACAAGGAAAUAAAAAAUUAAAAAAGAAAGUUUUAUAUAGUAAUUCAGAAUUUUCUAACGGUUUACGUGAUUUAUCAACUAAAUGUUGUUCAUGGGCAUUAAAUGGUAUGUGUGAUGGUUAUUGGCAACGUAUUCGAAUAAUCUGUCCAAAAUCAUGUGGUACUGUUAUCUGUACAACAGGUAACGGAAAAACAGGUUGUAAUAGAGCAAUUGAUGUUAAUGUUUAUGAUUGUGAUAGAAAAAAUAAUAUUUUUUCUAAACUUGAACACAAUAUUGUAGAUAAAGGAUUGCCAAGAUCAUACUAUAAUCAAUAUGAUAACUAUAGAACAAAUGAUAUAAGUUACCAAAGACAUGAUUAUGUUAAUGGUAAUUCAUAUCCAAAUAAUGGUUAUUCAAUUGAAAAUGAAAUUAUUGGUUGGAAAAGAAUGUUUAAUGUAAAAAAAUCAUGA